AUCCUGGAACGAAUCCAUGCCACAAUCAAAAGAGCAACACAUAGUUGGGUUCAAGGAAAGGGCUUUGCGAGCCAUCAAAUGGGCUAACCUAUUACUACGCCGACCUACAAAUCGCAUCCUAAACCCUAUAUGCUCAGACCGAUAGUGCAAACCUUCACGGAAAAUGGCACCCGCACGACUAUCACUAUCUUGAGUUUGGUUAAGGCUAUCAAUAACGACCUUAGCAUCACCCUCGAAUCGAACCAACGACAAACCCUUUUGAACGCACCACAGGAUCGCCUCUCGAAGGAUCAAGAGUUCCACCAGCAUGUGGUCACACAUCCCGGGGAAAUGAACGGCUGUAGCCCACAUGAUCAUCCCUCAUGGUCUAGGAGGACCAUCCCCCCAGCUGCAUGGGAGCCUUGUCUCGUCGCCCCAUCCCACCUGCAAACCACAGUACCAGAGGAGGUAGGUGGCACGCCACCCACCCCAGCCAACGGAGCACGAAUAAUCUUUUCUUAUGUAAAGCAGUCCACUCGUGCAAUUGGUGCUGGUAUUGUCUCAAUAGAGCUGGGAUCCCAAACUGUUUGCCAUAAAAAAACAACCCAGUUACGAGAUUUCCAUACCCGCUACAGCACGGCCACAAUCGCCAUUACUUGGUGUGGGUUCUGGAUGAGAGCCAACAGUUUCUUAAGGAACAGAGGGAAUGUAUGACAAGGGAGUCCCUGCCCUAGAUGCUCUAAGCCAGCAUAAUCCCACAACGCUCGAGCUACAGGGCACUCCAAAAAGAUAUGCUCAAUACUUUCAGCGUCCGCCCAACAAACCAGACAACGAGGAUGUACCAGAAAAUUCCAUUCAAUAAGGGCUUCCGUUGUGGGGAUGAAACAGUGCAGAAUUUGCCGAAGAAAGACCUUCAGCUAGGGAGGAAUUGAGGAGUUCCAAAAUCGGAUCCAGCUGACCGUAGGGCUCCACCUUCCCUGCUGUUUAUCUACUUGCACUGCUAGGUGGUAAGCUGAUUUGACGGUGAAGACCCCAUCACAGGUGUCAUGCUAGACGAGCUUAUCCUCUAUAUCCUGCCGAGGUAACGUGAUAGCCUUAAUAGCACGAUAAGUGCCAGGGUGGAACCAUUGGGCCAGUUUUUUGUCAGACCAGCGUCCCUCACCCGAGACCAGCAACUCAACCACUUUUAGAUCACCCUCUUCCGAUAGCACCUGGGGUUGUAAGUGGGGAUAUCCGGGUGUAGGCAUGGUAUCCAACUAGAGUGCAAUGCCGACACCACUCGGCCAUUCUCAAUCUGUCAGCAGAGACUUCGAUCCAACAACUAGCGCCCAUAAAGGAUACUCUGUCAUCCCCAGGAAGGACAAGAACGUGCAGUAGCGGUGAGGAAAGUACCAUUAGGAAAAUACUUCCCUUUAUACACCUGAGCAAGGAGGGAAUGAAGAUCAUUGAGGAUACGCCACCCUAUCUUGGCAAGGAGUACCUGAUUUAAAUGCUCAAACCGGCGGAAUCCCAUACCUCCCUCAUGCUUACUAAGAAACAUCUUUCUCCAAGACAUCCACCUAAUUCGCGAAUGACCAUCCUCCACCCCCACCAGAAUCUCGCCACAAGUAUGUCUAAGAUUCUACACAACGUGAGAGGUAGUUUAAAGUAGGACAUAACAUGUAACGGAAGAGACGAGGCAACCGACUUAAUCAAGGUUUCCUUUGCGUCCCAUGAAAGCGUCUUUUGGGCCCACCCUUGGAGACGAACCGCCAAUCGUUCUUCCACGAACCGGAAUGUGGCUAACUUAGACUAGGUUAUAAGCGUAGGCAGUCCCAGGUAUUUGUCUUGUACCCCCACUGCCCCUACCCCCAGCACCUGAUCCGGGAUCGAUAUAUUUUUACUGAAACAGACCGCCGAUUUUGCCAGAUUGACUCGUUCGCCACUUAGUUCCUCAUAUUCAUUCAGAACAUCGAUCAAAUUCUCACAUUGUUGCAAAGAGCCUCGUAAAAACAAGUAUGAAUCAUCCGCAAAGAACAAGUGAGAAAUCCUAGGUGCCCGGGGGCCCACUUUAACACCUUCCAGCUUCCCCUCUGAAAUGGCUUUACGGAGAAGGGUAGCAAACCCUUCCGUGCACAAAACAAACAAGAGGGGAGAAAGCGGAUCACCCUGCCUGAGACCACGCGUGGGCUGGAAGAAACCAUGAGGUGUACCAUUCAUUAAUAUCGAGAAAGAUGAAGAUUAGAGGCAUUCCCGGAUCCAGCUAAUCCAGGUAGGACUGAAGCCAAGUCUUAAUUUUUAGAUAAUGCAUUAAUUCAUGCCCCAGAAGCACAUUCUCCACAAUUUGUCUUUCCCGGAUGAAGGCAUUCUGCCCUUCCGAGAUGAUGUGAGGGAGAAUUUGGGCAAGUCUUGCAGUCAUAAUUUUGGUGAUAAUUUUAUAAACAAACUAGCAUAAGCUUAUCGGCCGAAGUUGUCGCACAGACUCCACAUUAUCCACUUUCGGGAUGAAAGUAAGCCAAGUAUGGUUGAAACUUCGUAAAAUCCGGUUUGUUCGAAAGAACGAGUAGACAGCUUCAACCACCGACCCGCCCACAAUGUCCCAGAAAGCUUUGAAAAAUUUCCCUGUAAAACCAUCUGAUCUAGGCGAUUGUUUUGAUCCCCAUGGAGAAGACCGUGCGCCGAACUUCCUUCGGUAGGACCUCUGCCGUUAAGUCUGCAUUCAUUGCAUCAUUCACUUUCCGCAUGAGUUUUUGGAUAUUUUGUUAUAAUUAUUUGUUAUAAGUGUUCUAGUUGGAUUAGAAGAUGUGUUAGUUCUUGUUUAGUAUUUAAUUAAUGUUUCUUGUAAGGCAACAAAGAGGAUUCAAGUAGGAUUAGCGAGAGAGGCCGAAUGCGUUGGGUGGGAAGGAAAGAUAUUUGGUUGUAUAUCUUUAUAAAUAUGUGUUUGUCUUGUGAUUAAUAAUAUUAAAAUAUUUGAAUCCAUUUUAUGUUUCUUGCUUUUGUUAUGUGAUUAGUAAUUUCACAACUAUUUUAUAGUUGUUCUCCCUAUUAAUGAGAUAUAUUGUACUCGAGAAUUUUCAAACAAGCUAUCCUAAAAUCUGAAAACAAAAAAUUAAGUACAUAGAAGUCAGCCCUGAUGAAGCAUAUAUGUAACAUCUUAAUUAGUUCAUAUUGUAAGAUCCAAGAUCUUUGGGCCAUGAAUAUGGGCUUAACGGUCAUGAAUUUAGGUGGAUACCAUUGGGCCAUGUUGAUUAUGGAUGUACCUUGUUGGUGACUACUACCUUCACCUUGCUGUCUGAUCUUGCUUGGUAAAACUAACGCCGUCCCUAACUAUUACGUGAUUAACCAUAGAAUGAUAUAUAUGAUUUAGUCUUCUUCAGGUCCAAUGACAGAUAGUUUCUUCCUCCAAAUUUUUUUUGUUAUAUUUCCAAUAGGCACCAAUUACAAUUGGACACAUCUCAGCGGAAUUUGGUUUGUUUUUAGUGUACAAUAACACUCUAACAAGAUUCGAGAUUAUCAGUUCUCGUGACUUUAAGGUUUUACUUCUUAUUCUUUAUUAUUUGUGCACUCGUAGAGCAUCAUGUGUGUAUUGCAAUUUUCGGGUACAGGAAAUGAUGUAGCAGCUUCUUCAAAGAAGGAUGCAAACUAGGUUUGUUUUGUCGAGCGUUACUUUAUAAGAAUUUCAAAUUGGAUAAACAGUUAGACUAGAAUCGUCAACUUAGCGGUAGAUCACUCAUGUGAGGUUGGUGCCAACCAUAUUCCAAUAGAUAUCAUGGUACACAAAUCCUUCCGUAACCAGUAAUUACUCUACACCGUUUGUUUUCCCUUCUUGCCCUGUUUUUUUAAAUCGACGAUUAAAGUUACUUUAGGGUAAUUUUAAUAACGAAAAAGAUACCUAUAUGUGAUUAUUUCCCUUUACAAUAUGAUUUUUCAUUUAGCUCUUCUCAAACCCUAACAAAUAAUCUCCCCUCCUCUCUCUCCGGCUCGUCCUCCAUCUUUGCCGCUCUUCCUCCAUCCUUGCCCAUGGACAUGCACUACCAUAUUUGCGGAAGUUCUAGAGUUACUUCAGUAAAACAGAAGUGACAAUAUGGGCCUGGUAUUGUUUCGUGCGGGUAUCUAGGAAUGGCAAUGAGACAUGUUUGGGGCGCAUACUGCUAAAUCUAUGCCCUGCUCUGUCCAAUAAUUCAUAACUAGCUCUGCUCCGUGCUCCUCCCAUGGAUCGACAAUUUUUACCCCAUUCAUUGCCUCGCAUGGAUCGGAUAAACUACACCAUGAUCCAUCUUUUAAGAUUAGAAGGAAGGAUCGGAUAGGGAUUUGUAGAGGCACAUCGACGGUAAAGGCUCCGUUCAUUGCUCUGUAACCAAUAAGGAGGCGUUUACUUG